AUGAGUUGCAACAUUAAGGAGACGAUUACUGUGUCUAGCAAAGGCAGAAGCAGUGGUGGCAGCUGUAUCAUUGGUGGUGGUGGUGGUGGUGGUGCACGGAUUUCUUCCUAUGGGAUAGGCAGUGCCAGAGGUUUUUCUGGAAGGAGUUACUGCGGUGGAGUGAAUUAUGGAGGGGGACUGAGUGUUGGUAGCUUGGCUGGUGGGAGCUAUGGAGGUGGCAGCUGCUAUGGCAAUGGCCUUGGUUUCGGCCUUGGAGGCAGUGUGGUGGUUGGUGGUCUUGGUGGCGACUGUUUGCUUUCAUCCUGCGAUGAGAAGGUGACCAUGCAAAAUCUCAAUGACCGCCUGGCUUCCUACCUGGACAAGGUGAAGUGCUUGGAGAAAGAAAAUGCUGAACUGGAAUGCAGAAUCAGAGAGUGGUACGCUACACAGGGCCUCUCCUGUGAGCCCCGGGACUACAGCUGCUAUUAUAAAGAAAUCGAAGAUCUUCAAAACCAGAUUGUCUGCGCAACCAUCGAUAACAACAAGAUAAUUCUGGACAUCGAUAACAGCAGGAUGGCUGCUGACGACUUCCGUGUGAAGUACGAGACGGAGCUGGCCCUUCGCCAGAGUGUGGAGGCGGAUAUUAACGGCUUGCGCCAGGUCCUGGACCAGCUGACUCUCUGCAGGUCUGACCUGGAGGCACAGCUGGAGUCCCUGCGUGAGGAGCUGUGCUGCCUCAAGAAGAACCAUGAGGAGGAAAUGAACUGUCUGAGAAAACAAUCAACUGGAGAUGUUAGCGUGGAGGUGAAUGCCAGCCCUGGACCAGAUCUCAGGCAAAUCUUGGAGGAUCUGAGAUGCCAGUAUGAAACGCUGAUAGCACGCAACCGCAAGGAAGUUGAGGACUGGUAUGAGUGCAAGAUUGAGGAGGUGAACCGGGAGGUCAUUACAAGCGGCCAGGAGGUAGAGACGUGCAACAACCAGGUCACCGAGCUGAGACGCCAACUGCAAGCCCUGGAAAUCGACCUGCAGGCGCAGCUCAGCCAGAGAAAUAAUCUGGAAUCCUCUCUGGCUGAGACUGAAUGUCAAUAUAACACCCUCCUUGGCGAGCUACAGAACCAGAUCACAUGUGUAGAGCAGCAAUUGGCGGAAAUAAGAGCAGAAAUAGAGUGCCAGAACCAGGAAUACAAGACUCUAUUGGAUGUCAAAUGCCGUUUGGAGCAGGAGAUUCAGACCUACCGCUGCUUGUUGGAAGGAGGACAGCAGGACCUUAUCCAUGGAGGAGGAAUCGGAGUAGGAACUGGAGUAGGAGGAGGAGUCAUUAGGACAAGCCACACCUAUACUACCACAUCUUCCCUUUGCCAGCCCCAAGUCCCACCCUGCAAGACCGGAGAUAUACAAGUGACCUGCAGGAGAAUUUGCGAUUAA